AUGUUUUGCAGUACCUACCAACAUUAAUAAUUGCGUUAGUAUAUGCCUGCUAUUAAUUUUUUAAUCUAAAAUUUCUUGAUUCAGAAAUGCAAUUCUUUAGUGUUUACUAAAUGUACCCUUGAAACAUAUUUAACUUAUGGAUUAUGUAAGAAUUAUUGCCCUAAUUAUUAUUAAAAUAAUCUUAAUAAUGAAUUUUUUUAAUUAAGUCCCAAAAACUUAUUUUUAUAAUGCUCAUUGUUAUUCACAAUCUCCAUUUAGUACUUAUUAAUAAAAAAUGAUUUUUUUUGA